AAUUGGAUUCAAGAUGUCUGCGCCCAUGGCGGUUGAACUAAUAAUGGUAAAAUUUGUUGAAAAGAGACAAUUCUGAUCAGAUUCUGCAUCAUGAAAUGGUUGCAGACAAACUGGGUGAAAUGCCUACGGCCUCCUUUUAUUCAGAAGGCAUAUUGCACCCAUUCACCAUGUGGUUCCAAGGAAAGAGUAUUUAUAACGACUCCUAUCUUUUACGUUAAUGCUGCACCACACAUAGGACACCUUUACACAGCCUUGUUAGCGGAUGCUACUGCUAGGUUUCACCGACUUCACGGGAAAGAAGUAGUUUUCUCUACUGGAACAGAUGAACAUGGACUAAAGAUUCAGUCCUCAGCAACUAAAGUCAACAAAACUCCAAAACUAUACUGUGAUGAAAUCGCGGCGAAAUUUAAGGCUCUGUUUGACAGAACAGAUGUAUCAUACAGUCAUUUCAUCCGGACUACAGAUGAAACACACGUCUCAGCUGUUCAGAAUUUCUGGAAAAUUUUGGUGAAGAAUGAUUACAUCUAUCAAGGAAAAUAUGAAGGCUGGUAUUCUAUGGCAGAUGAAGAAUUCCUCAGUGAAGAAGAAGUGUGUGAUCAGAGGAUGGAGACUGGGGAAAGUCAGAAGAUAUCGGUCAGCAGUGGUCAUCCAGUGGUGUGGGUGGCAGAAGAAAACUACAUGUUUCGACUGACCAAAAUCAAACCAAAACUACUGGAGUGGCUCAACACUGGAGUGAUAUAUCCCCGGGAGAAGAGGUCUCAAGUUGACAUAGCCCUACGGAACCUCCAGGAUUUGUCAGUGUCACGUAGCCGCUCAAGAUUAUCGUGGGGAAUUCCGGUCCCAGGGGACUCCACUCAGACAAUAUAUGUGUGGUUGGAUGCAUUGAUAAACUACCUGACAGUGGCAGGUUACCCUGAUCACCUACAGCACUGGCCAGCUGAUACUCAGAUUGUAGGCCAGGAUAUACUCAAAUUCCACACAAUUUAUUGGCCAGCUUUCUUGUUAGCUGCUGGGUUAGAUUUACCUAAACAGAUUGUUUGCCAUGCUCACUGGACAGUGGAUGGAUAUAAGAUGUCAAAAAGCAGGGGGAAUGUAGUGGAUCCACAGGAGCGGAUGAAUAAAUUAACAGCUACAGGGUUCCGGUACUUCCUGCUUAGAAGUGGGACUGUGUUUACUAACUGUAACUAUGAUGAUGCUGUAGCUAAAGACAUUGUAAAUGCAGAGAUUGUGAAUUCCUAUCUAAACAUGCUGUCCAGAGUUUCAUCUAAAUCCAUCAACAAACACACUAUUUUCCCCUCCUUUAAUGAAGAGGACUUCCAGACGUUCUUUACAAAGGAGGAAAGGAGUAUGUUUAAUAGACUACCGGAUUUAAUAGACAUUUGUAAUGGAUAUUACAAUGGACUUCUGUGUCACAAAGUGUCUGAAGCCGUUUUUGAAUACAUCAGAUGGAGUAAUAAACUGUUUAAUGACCAUGUUCCAUGGAAACUGUGUAAAGACCCAGCCAAUGACAGACACUUGCAUUGUUUACUGCAUGUUACCAUGGAGACCUUGAGAGUGUGCUCAAUUCUUUUACAGCCUUUAAUACCACAUAUAGCAGGCCAGGUGUUGGACAGACUUGGAAUCAGUAAAGGGGAUAGGCUGAUUAAACACUGUCUCGAGAGGCAACUGGUCCACAGAAUUAAAGACCAUCCUCUGCAAUGCCAGAAAAAUCACAUCAUGCAGAGAAUUAAAUAGGGACUUAUGAUAUUAAACAAUCCAAUUUCAGACACCUUGUUACUUUUAUCCUUAUGGAAUGAAACCAUGGGCAAGGGAUUAAAUAGAAUGACUUAAUAUAAUAUGUGUUUUCAAUAGACUAAUGAUUAAAAUAUUAUUUUACAAACGGUCA